AUGAUCAAAUUGAAACUGACAUCAAAACAACAACAAAACCAAACCAAAAGCAUAACAGCAAAUACAGCAGCAAAACCAACAGCAACAAAAGCAGCAGCAUCAGAAACAAUAGCUAAUAAAACCAACACAGCACAAAUAUCAACAAAUAGCACAUCAACCAAACUAAUCAUCAGCAAACCAAGCCAACAAACCAAAACCAACACCAAAUUGAACAACCUAAAACUCCAUCCAAAACCACCAUCAAUUCAUAGCACCAGUUAA